CUGAAAGCUGUUACCGAUGUCUACUGCUGUGAAGACCGUAUUUUGCUAUGACAACGUAGACGAAAAGACCUUUCACACGGAGAUAUAUCCGAAAGUACGUUUGUGCAUUCGGAAUCGACCCAACGUUGAAAUUUCCGUACAACAGCCUGUGCAGCAUUGCAGGCAUGCUGAGGUGUCCUGUGGUUUGUGACUACGGCGUUGCGGCCUCGUAAUCAGAGCGUGGUCUUGGCAUAUUUUUGAGGUGUCGCCGAACCCACGGGCCGCCAUGUGGUUGUGGCUGCACGCUUUCUGUAGGGAGCCAGCAGUCUUGAGAGGAGUGUCUGUUGGUCCUUGCACGUUGCUGUGGGACAAGGACUAUCUAUGCACUCGAGGGGGCAAACGGGAUGUCAAGGUGCACGUUUCACAAGACAGGCACAUGGACUUCAUUAGCAAGAACUUUUUAUACAGAACACUGCCAUUUUGUGAGCUCGUGCAGCGAGCAUCUGGCUCCAAGAAGGCUAACUUCUUCAUAAGUGAGACAGAGCUUUAUUACUUAAGAACACUUGGGUCUGACUCCAGGAAAGAACCUGCCAACAUUGCUACACAGUUUCCAGAGCUUGCUGAAGACGUCACCUUGCCGAAGCUGUUUCCCAAUGAAGCAUUUUUCUCCAGCGUUCUUCGAAUUGCAUCCCCACAGCUUUGCUUGUGGACUCAUUAUGAUACGGAUAUCCAACACGACAACCGCUGCGGAGUUCUGUUGUGCGGUGUGAUGUACCCCGCACCUGCACCAAAGUGUGACGGAGGCAAGAUGUCUGACUGCUGCCUGUCUGACUGGUCAGGUGCUCCGCAGCUGCUGGCGACUGAGGGCCAUGGGUUAACUGUAGGAAUCAUCCAAAUAGUAAUGGACAAUUUUCUAAUUCAAGUUAAAGGCAAAAAGAAGGCUGUACUGUUCCACCCAAAUGACUUUGAGUAUCUUUACAUACAAGGUGACAAAUCUCGUGUUUUGGAUGUAGAGUGUCCAGACCUAGAAAAGUUCCCCAAGUUUCAAAAAGCUACACGCUAUGAAGCUACACUGAAUUCUGGUGACAUAUUAUUCAUACCAGCAUUGUGGUUUCAUAACAUGACUGCUCUGGACUUCGGAAUUGCUGUAAAUGUAUUCUGGAGGAACCUGGAUGCAAGUUUGUAUGACAAGAAUGAUCCCUAUGGGAACAAGGACUUGAUUCCUGCUGCCAAAGCCCUCGCUUCGGUGCAAAGAGCAACAAAAGAGUUGCAACUGCUUCCGUUUGAUUGCCAACAGUUCUAUGCGCUGAAAAUGAUUUCACAAAUUAAAGAAACCUUUAAUUUGUCUUAAUGUGGCAAUUUAAGCAAACGGAGGAAUAAAUGAUGUCUCAUAUGCA